AUGGCCUUUUUCACUUACACCUUCGAAUCGCCCGUCCAGUUCUACGCAGAACUACAGGACCAGUUGGAUGGAGGCGGAUUCCACGACAGCCCUGAAUCGCAAGUCAACGCGUUUAUUUCUCUACUGGUCCAAUACCAAGACGACUUUCUGGACAAUUCAGGACAGGAUCUGGCCAACUGCUGCUACCGUCUCUUUGACUCGGAGAUGUUCCAGAACAACACCCUUGCGAUCGCGUCUGCAAUUCUUGACCGUGCCAUCGAGGGCCAGGAAGUGCGAGACAUGUGGAUUACAUAUCAGAUCUUGUUAUACGCAGGCAAGGAGAACCAACAAGUAAACCAUUGGAUCCUCAAGAGCGAAUUCUUGGCUAAACUCAAGUACCAGAUCCUCGAAAUGGACGGAGAGCGGCUACAGCCCCUUGCUGUCGAUCUCCUCUUUGAGAUCUGCCGCGUCCAGUCCUUGAAGCCACGCGACCUUGCCCUGGUGGAUGAGGAUCUUUUGCAUUAUCUACUGGAUCUUGUGGAACGGACAAGGACGGACGCGGAUGAAAGACUUAACUAUGGAGUCAUCAAGUUGCUCCUCACAUUCAACGAACAAUAUAUGCUCCACAUGGCCGCCUGCCGUGCUGCCCGCCAAUAUACCCCCUCGAACCCUUUGCUCUCCGCACUCUCGGAUCGUCCUGGCGCCAGUUGCACCUUUGGCGAAAACCUCAUCUUCAUGCUCAACCGCGCUGAGGAAAGUGCGUUGCAGAUGUUGAUUUUGAAGCUGCUGUACUUGUUGUUCACAUCGCCUCACCAAACACUGAACGAUUUCUUCUACACGAACGAUCUCCACGUCCUGGUGGACGUUGUCAUCCGCGAACUGUGGAAUCUCCCUGAAGAAGAGGAACCUCUCCGCCACGCAUACCUCCGUGUCAUGGGACCCCUCCUCGCCAACACGGGACUGAAGCAGGAACAGCCCGCCAUGUAUAAGCGCGCAGAGAUUAUUCGAGUCCUGAGUGAGCUCGGAGGCGAUAGUCUGGAUGAUGAUCUGAGGGCGCAGUUGUGGGAGCAGGAGCAGUUGGAGUUGAUGCAGCAGCAGGAGAUCCACUCGCGGUUGUGGAAUGAAAAAACUAUGAGGUUGACGUAUCGGGAUCGACAGAGCAGUAAUUCGCCGGCACUGAAGUUUGCUUCCAUUCAGCAGGGGAAUGCCACUAGCGCAUGUCCUAGCCCGAUUAUGUCGAAUGUGCAGCAGCCCCAUCCGGUGCGAGGGGCAGGAUCGUUGAACUCGACAGGGAGCAGUUCGGGAUCGUUGGUGUUGGAGAAUGUGUUGCCGCAUUCGAACAACAACAGCAGCACCAACCUCCACAUCCAUGUCAGCGGAGCUCCCUCCUCGCGUCCUCAGCCGACACGAAAGGAUUCGAGACCUACCAGUCCGACGACUCAGCGGUUGGUGGAACGGGUUCUGAGAGAGUGGUUGGAGCAGGAACUCAAGAAUGCAGCCGCUGCUGCUUCUGCUAAUGCGAGUUCAGGGUCGACGAAUUCGAGAACUGUUGAGGGUAGGAGUUCUGAGGACGAUGUAGCGGCGGUGUCGGCUACUUCUGUAGGCGAUCAGCGUAUUGCUAUUACAGUUGCACAUUAA